CAGCGGCGACUUCCUUUUUAUUUCCGCUCCGGGUCGACACGUACCUGUGUACCAGCACGUCUUGUGGAAAAUCGCAAAAGCGCUGUUGUUCCGUGUAUCAUUCGUGUGCAGAACUGCUUAAAAUGGCUGGGACGCUCUACACAUACCCCGAGAACUUCCGCGCGUUCAAGGCGCUGAUCGCCGCCCAGUACUCCGGGAAGGCGGUCGAGGUCGCGCCGGGUUACGUGCACGGCGAGACGAACCGCAGCGAGACGUUCCUGAAGAAGUUUCCGCUCGGCAAGGUGCCGGCGUUCGAGACCAAGGAUGGUCGCUGCUUCGCCGAGAGCAACGCGAUCGCAUGGUACCUCAGCAACGAGCAACUGCGCGGCGGUGCGAACGAGGUCCAGCAGACAGAGGUGCUGGCAUACCUUCAUUUCGCCGACAGCGAGCUGCUGCCGGCCGUGCAGUCCUGGGUCUACCCCGUGCUCGGCAUCAUGCCAUUCAACAAGAACAACGUUGAGCACGCAAAGGAGGACCUGCGCCGUACGCUGACCGUGCUGAACGAGCGGCUCACGCGCCAAACGUUCCUUGUUGGCGAGCGAGUGACGCUCAGCGAUAUCGUCACCUUCGCGACACUGCUGCCGGCGUACGAGCAUGUGCUGGAUCCGUCGUUCCGCGCCCCAUACACCGCGGUGAACCGCUGGUUCACCACCAUCCUCAACCAGCCGCAGGUAAAGAACGUGAUCGCCUCCCUGGCACUGUGCGCAAAGCCGGCCGUGGUCGAUCCGAAGAAGUACGCCGAGUUCCAGGCGCGUGUCGCUGGUGGUGCAGGCGGUGACAAACCGGAGAAGGCGGACAAAAAGAAGGAGAAGAAGGAAAAGAAGCCUGCCCCAGCGGCGGCGGCGGCAGCUGCACCAGAGGAGCAACCGGACGCUGCCGACGAGCUGAUUGCGGCCGAGCCGAAGCAGAACGAUCCUUUCGAGACGCUGCCGAAGGGUACGUUUAACUUUGACGACUUCAAGCGCUUCUACUCGAACGAGGAGGAGGCAAAAUCGAUCCCGUACUUCUGGACCAAGUUCGAUCCCGCCCACUACUCGAUCUGGUUCGGCGAGUACAAAUACCCGGAGGAGCUGACUAAGGUGUUCAUGAGCUGCAACCUCAUCACCGGCAUGUUCCAGCGGCUGGACAAGAUGCGCAAGCAGAGCUUCGCCUCCGUCUGCCUAUUCGGCGAGGACAACAACAGCACCAUCUCGGGCGUUUGGGUAUGGCGUGGACAGGAUCUCGCCUUCAAGCUGUCGCCGGACUGGCAGGUCGAUUACGAGGUGUACGACUGGAAGAAGCUGGAUCCGGCCGACGAGUCCACCAAGAAGCUGGUCGAGCAGUACUUCUCCUGGAGCGGCACCGACAAGCAGGGUCGCAAGUUCAACCAGGGCAAGAUCUUCAAAUAAGCCAGAUCUCGCCGUUCUGUGGCGUGGCUGCUUUCUUGUCCGUCUGCGGCGUCCUCCCUCCCAUUGCCCAUUUUGUGUCCACCAUUCUUCCAUCCCUUUAACAUAUAAAUGCAGACCCUUUCCCUUAACGCGCCUUCUACUGCUACUACGACGAGUGGUGCGGGAUGCCACCCUCUCCCCAUCUCGUCCCUCUUUCACGUCGCUCUCCAGUGCUCUCGUGUGCUUACUUUUAAGCUAUUUAAGCUGACAAAAUCGCCAUUGUGUACUCAACGGGUGCCACUGCGAAUCGCGAUCCACAUACCUUACCCGCUGGCCUGGUGCUGGUUGUUUCCAACAAGUUCAUCCCGUCGGCGCACAACAACCACCCAUCUAAAGAUCAUAUGACCAGGAGGAACUAUAACAGUGUACCGAAGCGAGCACAGCUGAUAGGUCGUCGCACUCGCAUGGAAAAGAGAACGAGAGAAAGUGUGUGUAUGUGUGAAAGAGAGGGAGAGAGCUGCUUUUCUUUUGCGAUCAACGGUCGUCUGCGAUCAAUUUGUUAUAUGAGAAAUAAACUGAACGAAUUUUUCGUGUAAUGUCAA